AUGGAAGGGCUGGCCCUUCCCCCACAGUGGAAGCCCUGGUCUCCCACUAAGGGUAGCCCCAAGCCCGAUGUUUCCCUCUGCUUGUCUGGCUCUCUGACUCUCCAUUGCUCUGCUGGGGAAACACUGGGGUCUGCAUGGGUUCUCUCCUGCCCUGAAGGUUUGUGCUGGUCAGCUUGGCCUUUGAUGGCAGCUGAGCUCUCACUGUCUGUCAUGCCCUUCCACCUUUCCUGCCUCGCUUCCUCCAGUGAACUCCUGGCUCUGGGAGCUCAUAAGUCACAAAUGCUUUCCCAAGAACUCCUUUAA